AUGGAGCUUCUUCCGAUUUUCAAAAAGGCCUACUGGCUUCUGGCAGCUACUGGCCUUCUAUAUUUACUAGCUGUCCUGUCCUUGACACAUCCAGCUGUCCAGAGAGGGUAUCUAUUCAAGCUCUCUCUCUCUUUUUACCAUUUGUAUAUCACAUGUACUGAUACUCUUUUUAGCGUACUAUACUCCAAUGGAAUCAAUCCAUCAAAAUGCCUUGAUUUGGACAAUGUCGAAUGUUUCGGGUUCCUAAAAUCCCAGGUCCAGCCUUUUACUCUUACUACACCUGAUAAUGAAACACUUUACUCCUGGCACAUUAUUCCCACGCAUCUUUACAAGGACAAUGAGGAACUGCUUCUACAGAAACCCCCUUCAGGGCCUCCUCAUGACAUUACCAAGACACCAGCAUUCGAGCUGUUAGCAAAGGAGAAAAACUCAAGGGUUGUCGUGAACCUUCAUGGGAAUGCAGCUGACAUCGGGACUGGAUAUCGUCCCAAAGUCUAUCAAAAUUUCCUCUCUGCCUCCACUCCGUCUCGGCCGGUCCAUGUCAUUGCCUUUGACUAUAGGGGGUUUGGGAGAUCCACUGGUAAACCAACCGAAGAAGGGUUAAUCACCGAUGCUCUUACUGUAGUUAAAUACCUAACCUCACCACCACUCUCAGUUUCCCCCAAAAGGAUUGUCAUUGCAGGUCAAAGCUUAGGAACAGCUGUUGCCAGUGCCCUAGCUGAACGCCAUACGUUCGGAAAUCCUUCAGACUCCUCCCCUGUAAAGGCUAAAGAGUCAUUUGCAGGAGUCAUUCUCAUGGCACCAUUUACUAAUAUCCCACAGCUUUUGCACUCUUACUGCAUCAUGGGUUUUAUUCCUCCAAUUCUUUCACCUUUACUUCAAUACCCACAGCUAAAGAAAUACAUACUGGAUCGCCUCCUGGAUCGAUGGGACACAGCAGCUAGACUUGCCGCUUUGACAGGCAUUGCCCCAAAACAGGCACAGAACCACGAGUCGUUACCAUUUGAUUUGACCAUUAUACACGCUAUCAACGACCGUGAUAUUCCAUGGCGUGAGGGAAGGAGUGUAUGGGACGCAGCUACUGGUGGGGAAAUGGCUGUUGAGCUUGGAUCCUUUACGCACAAUCAUACUUCUGAAGAUGGAGUCAUCCAAUCCACCGUCUGGGAGAGAAUGGAUGGGCCUAGUAAGGCAUUAAAGAGAGUCAGGUGGGAAAGGGUUAGAUAUGGAGGUAUGAUGUUCUUUAUUUAUUCUCUUAAUUAA